AUGGUGUUGCUCCCAACUGGAGCUGGUGCUGUAACUCGGUGGCGGUGGACAGCACCAUGCCGAGUCGGACAUGGAGGUUGGGCGAACGGGCGACAGACGAGAGCCGAGGCCGUGCUGGCACCCGCCAGAAGCCGGGCCAGGGGCGUCGGGGCGGGGCGGGACCUCCGGGGGCGGCACGGCGACGGGGAGGCCGCAGCGGGCGGGCGUCGCUCCUUCACGCUGCCGAGCGCACGCCCGCCCACGCAUCCGUCUCCGGCUCAGACAGAGGAACGGUGUGUGGGGACGGGUUAUCAGCCCCAAGAAUAUCUGUUACGUGGCACUGCUGUGCCGAGAGCGUGCGCCCACCUGGAAGCUGGCGGGGCUUGCGUCUGGCGGAGAUCGUCCGCGGGUGCUGGGACGGGGCCGUCGCGCGCCGGCGCGGCGGCGGGGCGUUUCGGGGGCCUGGUCGUUGCCUGGUCGUCCGCGUCGGCGCGGGCGCUGGGCGCCGUGGGCGGCGGGGCGAUGUGGUGCGCCGAGGCGGGAGGCCGCGAGGCUGCCUCAGCGGCUCUGCCACACGGCGUCCUCGUCGCGUAUCACCAGCUCCUCGUCGCCGGGGCAGGAACACGUCCUGCGUUCCCCUCGUUCCACCAGGUUCUCCACGCUCGAGCUGUCCCAGCAGGCUGCCCUCUGCUCGGCGUGGCCCAGCGGCGCCGUCGCGCCGUGGCCCGCCGCCGCCUUCCGCCACCCCGCGCCGCGCCCCGGCCCCGCCCCUGGCGGCGUCCUCGUCGGCCGCGCGCGCAUGUAGGCUCCGCCACCGCCAAGCCGCAUGGGCCGUUUGUGCGCCGUCUCGGCGGACGGGGGCAGGGGCCGGGGCAGGGGCCGGCGCGGGGCGUCGACGACAAUGGAGUCUCCAGGCCGAAUCUCGUGCGCGAAGUCCAGCGACCUUGCCGCCGCGAUGUGGCUGCGGAGAAGGUCCUUCCUGCGGAAUACAGUUCGCAAUUUUUAAAUCCUCUUCGUGUGGCCGCCGCGGCGCCGCAGCCCCCCGCGCGCGGCCCCGCCCCCGCGGACGACGCCGACGCCCGCAGCCUCUCCGAGGAGCCCGUCACGCCCAAGAUGGCGCUGCUGCGCCCCCACAAGCCGCUGUCGCGCCAGAUCAGCCACCCGCCGCUGCCCGCGCUGCUCGCCAUGCAGGAGCACCACGUGUGCGAGAGAGAGCGAUUUCCAACACGACUGCUUGGCCAACAUGAAGUCAGUGCUUCCCCUCGUCCUCACAAUCGCCUUUUAAGUCGUGUGGCUGCGGCAACAAGCCCAACUCAUCCCACGGGACCCCUGCAGUGCCCACCUACACCCACUCAUCAUGCCCGACCUGUGCAUCGGACUCUUGCAGCACAAGACAGUGUUGAAGGUGCCACAGGAAUAGCAAGUAGACCCCCAAGUCUCCAUACACCAUAUCGCAGCCAGGAACCCCAGAGCAGCAGUCCCAGUCAUUCUCAACGACCAGCUCUGUGCAGUCUGUUUUCUAGUAGUCUCCUUCAGGAACCAGUGGUUGGUAACUAUGGUCUGGAUGGGUUGUCAAACAUGCCCUCCACUUCCUCUGGGCCUGCAAUGCCGAGUGAGGGCCCCCUUCGAGUGGGAGAAGGCUGCUCCAUCUUGCCCAUUCGACAUAUCAACACCACCCGUUUGCCGUCCAUCCCAGAGAGAUCUGCCAAAAGUCAGCGGCUGGAACUGCCAUCUGAGGAAGAGCCUCUACCUCCAUAUUGGGAAGCACGGAUAGACAGUCAUGGUCGAAUAUUCUAUAUCGAUCAUGUGAAUCGCACAACAACAUGGCAGCGUCCAACUGCCAGUACUUCAGGACGGUCUAGGCCUUCUAGUGAAUUGCAAAGACAACAACUUGAUCGCAGAUAUCAAAGUAUACGGCGCACUAUAACAUCUCGCCGCCUGGAACCCGAUGAUGGAGCUGCUGUUCCUGGUAGUUCUGCGGUGCAGGACCCGUCUGGACAACCUGAAGCAAGCAGUAGUGGCAUUGGCAGUAGCAGUGGAAGCUGUUCUGGCAGCAGUGCCAGUGGCUCUGGAAAUGUCACUUCCUCCUCCACGGAUUUGGUGAACCACAUGCCAGCAGUCAAGUUCAUUUCUCGACCUGACUUUUUCUCAAUUCUGCAUAUGAAUGCUGAGGCUCUUGCUCUCUAUAAUCGAAAUGGCUCCCUGAAGCAUAUGGUGUCAAAAAUCAGAAGAGAUCCCACAGCAUUUGAACGUUAUCAGCACAACAGAGAUCUUGUGGCUCUUGUCAACCUAUUUGCAGAUAACAUGAGAGACUUACCUCGUGGUUGGGAAACCAAGUUUGAUCGGAAUGGCAAACAAUUCUUCAUAGAUCACACGUCGAAGACUACCACGUUCAUUGAUCCCCGCAUUCCCACCGAGUCUCCUUACCUGCACCAGCACAAGCUGUUGCUUCCUGGUGCCAGGAGGCGCAGCCGCAGCGCUGGUGAAGAAGAGCUCGCUCAUUCUAGAGGAGCGCCGGUGCCGCCGCCGCGGCCGCCCAUCACGUGCGGGUGCGGCCCCGCCGCCGCGCUGGGGCUGGCGCCCGUGCCGCGCGUGCUCGCGCCGCCCGACAUCCCCACGGCCUACAACGAGAAGGUGGUGGCGUUCCUGCGCCAGCCCAACAUCAUGGACAUCCUCAAGGAGCGGCACGCCGCCGUGGGCACGUCGCAGGCGCUGCGCGACAAGGUGCACGCCGUGCGCGUCGACGGCACGCUGGCCCUCGACCGCCUCAGCGACGACCUCGACCUCACCAUCCUGCUCAGGUUAGAAAAUUACCCUUAUAUGAGAAUUCUUCGAUAUAAACGUAAUACACAAGCUAUUAAACUCACAUAUUAUGAACGUAAAAAUAUUUUUGGACCAUGCCGCCCCCACGCGGCUCGACUCCGCCCACGCUGUCCCUCCGCGUGCCAUGCCGCCACGCCGCCUGCCGGGCCGCCCGCCCGCUUUGAUCCGCCCGCGCCCCCGCCCACGCCCUCGCCCGCCCGGUGCCAGCGCCAGCGCGCGGGCUUCAAAGCCACCAUGGGCCUCUUCACCGACUACCUCGACUGCCUGCUCAUGAUCCUGUUCGAGCAAGAGAUCAUGAGCUAUGUGCCCGCCGUGCCGGCGACGGCCCGCUCGCCGCGCGGCUCGCCGCAGCUGUCGCCGCAGGCGUCUCCGGGGCUGUCGCGGGCCAACGCGCGCGCGCCCGCCCCCUACCGCCGUGACUUCGAGGCCAAGCUGCGCAACUUCUACCGCAAGCUCGAGUCCAAGGGCUACGGGCAAGGGCCCGGCAAACUCAAGUUACAUAUUCGCCGUGAACAUUUGCUAGAAGAUGCCUUUAAUAAAAUUAUGGCAGCUUCUAAGAAAGAUUUACAGAAGUGUAAGUUGUAUGUUACCUUUGAUCGUGAAGAAGGGCUAGAUUAUGGAGGACCCUCUCGAGAAUUCUUUUUCCUUCUGUCUCGUGAACUGUUCAACCCUUAUUAUGGACUGUUUGAGUACUCUGCUAAUGACACAUACACUGUUCAAGUGUCUCCUAUGUCAGCCUUUGUGGAUAAUCACCAUGAAUGGUUCAGGUUCAGUGGUCGUGUCUUGGGUUUAGCUUUGGUGCACCAGUAUUUGUUGGAUGCUUUCUUCACAAGACCUUUCUACAAAGCACUUCUCAGACUACCUGUGUCUUUGAGUGACCUAGAAUCCCUUGAUAGUGAAUUUCAUCAAAGUUUAUUGUGGAUAAAAGAAAAUGACAUCACGGGUGAUUUACUAGAUCUCACUUUUGCGGUCACUGAAGAAGUGUUUGGCCAAGUAGUUGAACGGGAACUGAAACCUGGUGGUCGUAACAUAAGUGUUACAGAAAAAAAUAAGAAGGAAUAUCUUGAACGGGUUGUUCGAUGGAGAUUGGAAAGGGGAGUUGCAGAACAGACUGAAUCUUUAGUGCGAGGCUUCUAUGAAGUGGUAGAUCCAAGACUAGUAUCUGUUUUUGAUGCAAGAGAAUUGGAAUUGGUAAUAGCUGGAACAGCAGAAAUUGACCUGAUUGACUGGCGCAAAAAUACAGAAUAUCGAUCAGGUUAUCAUGAUAACCAUCCAGUUAUGCAGUGGUUUUGGGCAGCUAUUGAACGUUUUACAAAUGAGCAGAGACUUAGGUUACUUCAAUUUGUGACUGGGACAUCUAGCAUUCCGUAUGAAGGAUUUUCUGCACUUCGAGGAAGUACUGGACCUCGCAAAUUUUGUGUGGAGAAAUGGGGCAAACCUAACAGCCUUCCAAGGGCACACACCUGUUUCAAUCGCUUGGACUUGCCUCCUUAUCCAACUCCAGAAAUACUCUAUGAAAAACUAUUGUUAGCUGUGGAGGAAACUAACACAUUUGGCAUUGAAUGAACAGUGUAUUGUAAAUGUUGUCCUCAUGCAGAUUUUUUGAUAGAAUGAAACACAGCAUGUAAUAGAGAUUUUAACAAAAAGCAGGAACAUUUAAGCUGCAUCCUGCCUCUCUUCGUAUGUAGGUAGUACUAUGAAGAGAUUAAAAUGUUUGAAUAAUGGUUAAGGAGGAAGAACAUUUCAUGUAAGUAGAAGUUGUCUUCCACAAGAUGUUAAUGGUGUAGUUUUGGAAUGAGAUAGAAGCAAUGAAAUUUGCUGAUGGAUUAAGACAAGCAGGAAAAGUGAAUAUUUAAUAGAAAGGUUUUUAUUUGUGGUGAACAGUUUGGUUCAUUGUGUUUGAUUUUGUUGGUUCAAAUCUAUUGUGUGUGUAUGAAAUCUUGUGGGCUUACUUCAAAUGAACUGAAGACGAUUUUGUCAAAGAAGAGAGGUAGAGUUUAUAGAUGUUUAUAUUACAAAUAUGAGUCAAUUUUAUGUUAAGAUGAAUGUCUCUCUAAACAUUCAUAGUAUAUGUCAAGUCUGAAGGAGGUAGUUAUUCUCCAUCAACAUAUGAAAUAUGAUUUUAAUUUUUUAAAUUUAAAUUAUUAUUUUAUUUUACUGUUUUAUAUUCACAUUAUUAUGUGGCUCAAACUAAAUGUCUUGCUUGGCCAGUAAAAUUGUUAAAAAGAAUGCUUGAUGCUAUUCACUGCAUUAGCAGACAGACGUGUGAGAAAUCUUGCACACUUGUGUACAUCUCAACUGCCUUGCAUUUGUACAAAACUAAAACACAUGAAAAGGAAUUGUUCCUGAUGGAAUCUGACUGAAUGUAGGAAUUUUUAAAUUUACUGCUUAGCUUGUUAUGCCUCUCAGGAUCACGGAAACCAGCAGUCACACAGUAAGUGCUGCUCAGAGUAGUCUGUAGACUAGGGGAUAGCACUGUCACUCAUAGAAUGAAAGGAGCUGUUUCAAUGACUUAGCUACUCUGCAGUGCACCCUAAGGUAAAAUAAUGAAUUUAGAAAAGAAGAAUUAAUGCCUUCACAGUUAAAGCCAGCUCUUUGGUAUUGUUUUUCCAAGAUCAUGAAUGAUUACCUGGUAUUUUUCAUAAAGGUGCACCUCGUAGGUUGUAUAUUGCAGGCUUAUUUUGCACUAUUCUAUUUGCAGGAGAAAGUAGAAUGAAUAGUCAAAAGAGAGAAAUCGUAAAUUAUAAAAUUAUAUUACAAUUUUUGAGCUACUUUGUCUUGGCACUGAUAUAAUUCUUUAUUAUUGUAUAGCAUUUAGAUAGUGCAAAAGUGCCUUAGAAUCAAACGAUCACUUUUAGUAAAAAAAUUCACUCAUUGAACAGAACUGCUCAAAACUUUUAAUGCAGAGGUUUUGUUGCCUAGGGUUGCAUUGCUAUUCAUUUAUUGAAAUUUGACUGCAAAUUAUUGUAUUGUUCACUGUUGCUGUGCACACUUUUGUUGUGCAAUCCGGCCAACCAAUGCUUGCCUUGAAACAAUUUAUACAAGUAGACCAAAUCAUCAUUUGUGUUGCGUCCAUGUUAAUUAUGUUGUUGGGAAGGGUCUCUGUUUAGCUUUGUGCACUUUUCUGCAACUGCAGUUAGAAUGAUAGAAAUGUUAAGUUGAUAACAAUCAGUGACUGUGUGGUCACCAGUUAAUCACUGUGCAAUGUCUUGUUCUAUUGAGGGGUAUAGCAUGAACAGAUAUUCUUCAGAUUGUGAAUCAGAGUAACAUGUUUUAAGUAGGGAACAAUUUGUCAAUCACUUUCUGAACUUCAUUUUGAAUCAUCUCUCUAAUGCAUGAGAUAUGAUCCUUCACAAUUCAUAGGAUAAUGACUUGGCAAUUGAGUAUUAGAUCUAAAAAUAGUAACUAUCAUUGUCAAUAAAAGUAACAUGCCUAUCAUCAAAGGCAAAAGUUACUCACAAUUUAUUAAAAUGAAAUUUAAAAUUAAAUUUUAUUAUCUUCAUCAGUAGCAUCUCAGAGUAGCAUUUUGUGUGAAACAAUUACUUGGUAUACUUGCACUGCACAAAUCAAAAAGUAAUUAAGCCAGUAUUUUGUGGACAAAACAUUAGUUUUUUUAAAAUGUUUUCUCUAUAUUGUAUUGCAGUGGAAAUACAUAUUUUCUCAUUGCUAUGCUGUUCAUUAUUACCUUUUUUGCAUACAGUCUUAUUCUUCUAGAGUAUGUAAAAAUUAUCAGGAAUUUUGAAGUCUGUACUAGAGUGGUUUUCCAAGACAAUAAUUACAUUUAUUUUUUAGUUGUUGUGACAAUCAGUGUAAACAUUUAUUAGUUGAAAUUCAUGAAAUUUUGCAUCUAAUAUUCUUUUUUUGAAUGUGGUAUUGUGUUUAAAAUGUACUUUUUCAUAGAAAACUUUUCAAUAAUGGCUUUUUAUAAGAUGUUUUUAAUUGAAUGCUACAUGUUUUGGUCGUGUACUGGCUUGAUGGGUUUUUAACAAAAACAAAAAAAACAAAAAAUAUUCCUUUUGUGAAUACCCAUGUGUUUGAUUUUGUAUGUGUCUGUAUGAACUGACAUUACAUUGUUGUCAUUUGUGAUAGUUAUUGUCAUUGUUUGAUCAUUGUGAACAAUUUUUGUAAUAUCUACUUCAUGUUAAUUAAAGUCUAAAAUAUGUACCUGAGUUCUUUAUGAGGCAGUGAAGACUUUGUUUGUGAGUACACUGCAAAGCCUGCCUGUGUAAUGUUCACCAUUGUACAUUUAAUCAAAUAUAUUGUUGAUUAUCUGUCAGCUAAUUAGGCAGUAGGCUAAUAAUAUUGGCUUAGAAUGUAUGAUAUGUUUGACUUUUUGGGCAUUUAUUUUUCAUUGCAAGGGUGUGCCUACACUGUAAAAGAAGUAUCCAAACUAACUGUAGAGUAAAGGAAGAAGUUUAUGGCUAAAUAUGAUGUUGCAGUGAGCACACAAGGGGAAUAUCAGAAGGUAUAUUAACUUUCCCUUUGCUUUCUGUGGGUAUUAAUUUUCUACCAGAAUUAGAAGGUUGUUAUGAUUUGUGAUGAACAUUGGUACUAGUCAGGUAGCAUUAUUAUUUAUAAUUUAUUACCAUUACUGCUAUUGUUGCAAAAUAAAUAUAUAUCAUAUUUAUAUGUAUUUUGUGAUUGGUCUAUGUAAAUUAAAAUUCCUUUGUAUAGAUGUUAUGUAACAAUAUUAUUACUGUAAUUCACGAGAAAGAUGCAUUUUAUUGGACUUUGAUCGAGAGAGGAGGCAGUCACCAUAAGAUCAUACAUUUUAUAUGUAGCAGCAGUUUGACUACCCAUUUAUGCCUUCAGGUUUCAUUAAUACUGACAGAUAUGUUUGUGUAGAACUGAUACUGAUGAUCACACUUCAAUCAAAGAGAAUAUUUUAAGAACAAAGUCUCUGUUCCUGGCACACAUGAAUGCCUCUUUCUCAAAUAUUGUCUAAUGUUGUCCUUGUCUGCACUUAGUAGAUCAUGUCUAGACCUGCUGAACCAUUAAUAGUGGAGCAGGGAAAUGAAUUUUGCUAUCUGAAUUGUUAUCAUCAAUAAAAUGGCUGAUUGUUUGGAGAGUUU